AUGGAGUGUAUGAAUCUGUCGGAGGAUCAGCUCAAAGUGCUGGAGGAGAAUUUCAAAGUGGGCAGAUUUCCGGACGGGACGUCGCUCAUGCUGAUCGCUGCGGAGUGCGGGCUGUCAGAGGAGGAGACACGAGUGAGUAACCACCCAAAAACCUCUCUUUCCUGUCUGUGUGAGCGGGAGCUGAUGUACGGGGUAAAGUUUAGGCUGAAACUCUGUGGUGUGGUGAAGCAGAUUUGCCAUAUUAUUAGAAAUUGUGAGAUUAUCGGUCAUCCUUGUCUUUGGUUUGAUCACCUAUAUCGCUCAACAGUCAGAUUAUUUAGCCAUUAACUGUUAUUUCUCAUGGGGUUUGAGUGUUUUAAGUGAAUUGAGUGCAAAAGUUUUCUGUUUGUGGGUCAUAUUUGGGAUUUUUGGUGCAUUGUUUGUCUUUAUUUGUACAGUAUUGUUAUAGUAUUGUUAAAUUAUGCAGGCACUGAGUCUAAGAGCCUCACUUAGCAGAAACCCAAGAUAACAAAUGACAGAUUCCCUGUUAAUCAUAAGGGUGAGGGUGUCAAAUUAUGCCAUACAAACAUAAUUUAUUAAUUUGAUGAUAAUAAUAAUGUUAAUCUGAACUCAUAUGUGGUUUUUAAUGCUGUUUUAUCAAUGUACUAACCAGUGCUGCAGUAAAACUGAUUAAAACUUGAGUUAAUUGGUUAAAAAAUAACAAAAAAUAGUCAAAGGUGACUUGGUAUAAGGUAGAAACUUCACUUUGUGACACUCCAACUUAGUGUUAAGAGUUUACAGGUCAGUCAGGUGUCCUCAAAGGAGAUCUAUGAGAGCUAUGAGAAGGAGAUAAACGUGUGUGUUUGAGUGUGUUCAAAAUCUAAACAAAGCCUCGAAUCUGUCAGUCCUGGUGCCGCUCCGCUAACGCUGGAAAGAGCAGAUUUGUGCUCAGUUUCAGAGCUUAAAAAGGAUCCUCCACGGUCGAUAAAUCUGUUAAAGCGUCACAGUGUGAUGAAAUAAUCCUCAUUACAGUGUAAACUCUGACCACAGAGGCUGCACGGCUACAUCGAUCAUCACUGGAGCUGCUCCAGGCGUGUGGUUUGUCCUGAUGAAGUCACGUUUCUGUUCAGAGAACAACUGUUUUUCAUUGUCACCAACACCGACUCAUAUCUUCAGGAUGGUUUCCCAGUCAAAGAGGUGAUUUAAAGGGAAGAGUAUCUGUCAGUCGGACAGUGAGGAAGGGGUCAUGACUUCACAUUGUUGGUAAAAUCGGAGUGUCUGCUGUCCCUGCUGCUGCUGCUGCUGUUUGUGUUCAUGUUUCCUUCAAAUGUGGUCGGAUGUGUUUUAACGAUCUGCUUUUGAUGCAGCAGCAGGAGAAGGAACUGGAAACACAUGUGGUGAAGUGUUUGUCAGACUCACGAUAUGCAGCGGAGACUUUCAUGUACGGCUCGACGAACAUGUCCGAUAUUUCUGUUGUACGUUUGAACACCUGAAACCAGCGCAAAGAGAGAGACGCAGUUUUUACAUUUUCCUCAUUUGACUCUUAAAAUCUGUAGGAUGAGAUGUUUUUGUUAGACGAUACCUCUGAAGCAUGAAGAGGACAAGAUGAGCAAAAACUAAUAUGUCCACAGGGGGCGCCAGAUUCACUCAGUUCUUCGCCGGAGCUUUAAAACCUACGAGUGGACUUAGUUUGUGUUUGUGUAGGACAGAGCUGUAACUCUUAUCCUGACUGUUUUUAAAGGUUAUUUUAGGGGCAUUUUAAAGUGUGUUUCUGCCCUUUAUUCUUAAGUUAAUUAAUUUAAUUAUUGAUUUUAUUAUUUGUUUUAUUGACGUUGACAUACAGUAACAUUGGUGCUGCAACAUUAAACCCUGCACAACUCUCAGAAUAAUGUGCUUAGGGUUUUUAGCAAGAUGCUAAUUUGCAAAAUCUUUUCACGAGAGGUUUUAUAAUUUAAUAUAAUGUAAGAAAAAUAUAGAAAACACCAAGAAAAUACAAAACAGCUGCAGUGUGACAGCCCUCCUCUGCAAUUUAGAGGAUAUUCCCAAAUUAAGAAGCUCUGAAUAAGGCGCUAAUGAGAUGUUACACUCUAAAAUGAUCAAACUCGUCUAUAAAACCUUUUUUUCCAGGUUGUAAAUAAACAUAAUCUACAAAUCAAACCAGAAACACGGUGGACUCCUGCUUUAAAGAGCCACCAGGCAGGCAGCCGCUAUGCAGCAAAGCCCGGUUAAGCUCGGGGUCGUAGUCGUGAAGUGAAGCAGAAAAACUGCCAAUUACAUGAAACAUCACAUUAGUACUUAGGUAUUUAAUCUCUCCCAGCCCCCUCUCCCACAUGUAAACACUCCCACCAUGCCUCUAUCUGAGGAAUGUCUUCAGCCCGCUGUAAGGUCAGUGCAUCCGUCACAUCAGGAGCCAGAUGUGAAGCCUCACAGGAACCAUAACAACCAACAUGAUGAGAGCUCUCUGAAGCUCUAUGAGCAUCUCUGGAAGCUUAAACCUUCUCUCAAACUCUCUGUUAACUCCUGUUUUUCACAUGGAGAAGGACGAAUUGUUGGUGGGUGUUCCUCUUAAUAAAACUGACCUGUUAUCUUCGUCGUACUCGCCUGGAGGUUAAACCCAACAUGGAAAUUCUGCCAUUUGAGUUGACGUAACAUCAGAUUCAUUUCAUAGGCAAAUUUCUGCUGGUGUUUGUGCUCCUGAAGGUGACAGAUGGGUGAAGACUGGAGGAGAAACAGAUCUGUCACGUGCCGAGGAACGUGUGUCCCUUUUCAUAAUUAGCUCAACAUUUCAGCGGUUAAAAAGCCGUGCAUGUCAUGACUUACUUGUCACUUGUUUUUCCACUCCUGUGACUCCACAAACUGGUUCCUCUGGAUUUCUCAGAGCUGAAGUAAAACAGGCAGAUCCCUCGUGAGUAAAUAGGUACAAUUCAUGAAGUAUUUUGUACUCAAGGCACAGGUGUGUCCCCCUUUUUUUUACGUCUUGUUGACGCCAACUGCCUGACGAAACAACAGUGAAUGCAGCUCAAAACAAUCACUGUUGUCACGCGAGUUGGAUGGAGAGCAGAGUUAUGCUUUGGCCUGCAGUUAUUUGCAUAAAGAGCGAGUGAAACACAAGCUGCUCUGUGUUUUCAGCAGGACUGAUUCAAAGAGAACUGGGAUGGUUUAAACCUGCUGGGGGUCUGGAUGAGUGUAGGUACAAAAAGAGGAGCCUGGAUGUUAUCCGUAUGCCAGAUGUGUCACUGUCGAUCCUGUACUUUUCCCCCCAGUAAACUCAAACUCUGAUCCUGUCAACCCGACAGAAGGAUCAAUAUAAGACAGACUUUUUUCUGUAGAUCCUCAACAAGAAAGAGCUGUUUUUUUAAGUUUUGUAGGCAAGUCACCAAAAACCUUGAGUCUGAAACUCGCCGUGAAGUCUUUACAUGCUGAUGGUCGGAGCAGCUCUAUCGUACUUGAGCGUGCUGUCAUUUUCAGCAUUUGUGAUCCGCAUCUAGAUCGAUAAAUCUGAUGUUUGAUCUGCCAUCGCUCUGCAGGACAUGAUAAGAAAUAGAGACAUGUCUUCUCUCUUAAUAUGCAUUGAGUCCAGAGUGACGUCUCAUGGUGUUUUAAUCUCUUUGUGCAGCAGGUUAAAGUUUCCGCACCUUCUUUACAACAUCAUUAUUCGGGCAUCUUCUUUAAUUGGAGCAAACAUUGCGAUUUGACUUUUACAUGUAGGAAUUAAAGAGGGAUGAUGCAGUGUCUUGAACCCCCAGGUGAAUGCUGGGGCGUAAAAUCUGAGCGCAGCACUUACGGAUGGUGAAAGCAAAGAAGAGGCAGAAACUGUAAAAGCUGCAGCUUGAACAGAAUCAAAUCCUGAGGAUGUGUCUGAACGAGAUCGCAGAGUUCGCCAUUUUGAUGACUUACUUCAGCAUCUCUCACACUUUUCCGGAUGCUUCCAGGACAGAUGUAUGUUCAAGUGUGGCUUCUAGUCUGUAUGCAGUCAGUCCUGGUUAUUUAAAAUGCCAAAAUCAGCAAUGUUCAAUAUUCAGUUGUCUCCAACAGCGUGCACGCUCGUCCUACUGCAGGCCUAGAGAUGUAUGUUUCAGUCUCUUGGCUUCAGGGUGCACAGGAGUGUUUUAGUAAAGCGUAACGUAAAGAUUGUGUAUUUUCUUCAUGAUAUCUGAGAUCCAUAAGCUGCAGAUUUCCAAACAAUGACACUCAAACUCUGAGUCUCCACUGGUUCUGCAAAGAUAAAACACUCAGGCAUCAAUCAGACUUUAGUGCACGUAUCACCACAACAGAUAUUCAUUAAGGACCUGUGCAUGUCACAGAAGGACGGAUCAUAACUCUGGAGAAAUACCCCUGAAUUAGAGAAGUAUUAUAGCUGUAAAUCUCAGUAGUUAUCCUCAGUGGAAAGACAAAGGUGUUUCAUUUAUGGCUCCAUCUAUUAUAGUUUAUGAAUCCAGUUUUCUUUUGGUCUCCAGAGGCUGUAAAAAUGUUUAUAAAUCUGUGCUGAGCUGCUUCCUAAUUCCUAGUAUUUCCAUUCAUCGUAUACAAAGGUGCAAUAAGCCGCUCCGGAGUGACGUAAAGUUCUGGCUUAUCAUCAAAAGACCUGACUUCAUUUCCACGUCAUCUUUUCUCUACGCCAACCUUCCUCCUUUCUUCUGCCUUUCCUGUGAAGUGUUGUGCUCUCGUUCACAAAGCCGUCAUUGGAGGAGGUGUGAGCUGCAGACACACACCCCGGCCACCACUCCUCCCUCGUUUCACAUGAACAACGUUUACAGUGUGCUUCGGCCUCUGUGCAGCAUGUUUGAGCUCCUUUUAUAGGCCGUUUUAUUUGUUUUCAAGGCUGAGAAGUCACUGACAGAAAAGGUAGAGUGGAGUUUGAAAGACCUCCUUAUGUAAUCCGGGAACAUAUGACACAAGCAGCAUUGUGGAGGUCAGCAGGAUUAUAAAUCUCACCCUUAAGGCAACAAAGGAGCAUGUGUGAGCUUUUUACAAGAUAUUCAAAUAUGGUUCGCACUCUCUGAAAGGGACCAAAGCGAAAAAUAAGAGGGGAGACUCUGCGUUUUUAGAGGUCAGCCUUCACAGUAUGGAUUUUCUCAAGCUCAGGAAUAUUUUCACAAAAGUCCUCUGAGAUUUGAUUCGAUUUCGUCUAAGUAUUAAGUGCAAACCCAGAUGGCUCCAAACGGCAAGCCGCUGUUUUUCCAGCACAAAACUCUGGAACCAUCCCUCCCACCAGGCGCGUGUCUUGUUUUUAAGGCCGCUGUUCCCAAUUCCUCGUUAUCGAAAUGAUGUCAGCAUUGUUGUGAAUCCCAUGACAACACAGAAACAGCGAUGCAGCAGGUCACGGGAGUGUGUCAGUGUGUGUAUGUGUGCGUGCACUCAGCGCAGUCGUCAUCUGGUCAGAGUUUUCAUGGUGCAGUUAUUGGUGCAGCGGUCAGAUUUGCAGGGAACUGGAUCCAGAGGAACAGGCUCAGUCAUUGACUGGGUCUUCGGUUCAGACUGCAUGGAAACAUUCUUCUUCUGUGGUUUCUUUAAUACAACUUAGCCUCCGGGUCAGUGCUGCGUCUGUGUGAGUCAGUGACCACAUUUACAUGCAGAGAGAAAUGUGACCGUAAUGUGAUUAUAACAGUCAGGAAGGAGCAGAGCCGAACUUAAUGACGCUCUUUUGAUCGUAAAUUUGAUGUUUGGGAUUUCGGUGUUGAUGGCUGGAGUCUGCUCACAGAGAAGUCUGACACUGAGGAAAUUCAACACAGCUGGGAUGAAGUUUUCUCCAAAAUCAUAACGAAUCUCCAUCUUCGUCUUCGACCACUCUGAAAUAUUGUCAUUCUUUUACCCCGAGCAAAACCGUAAGCUUGAUUUAGUUGCCAAAAUUGAUCUUUAAACCAUUAUACAAUGUCUAUCUGCAGUUUGACAUGAAGUUGUGUCAAUUCCCAAGAAAACAGGUCUCUAGUUUGGGCUCGUUCUGCAGAAAUCCAGGGUGAAGCCUCUGUGUAACGGAACUGCACACUGACCUUUUGAAAGCCGAUGAAUGGGCAUUUCCUCGGAGGAUGUAAUGGACCAAGAAAUAACGAAAAUGCCUGACGGAUAAGUCAUGACUGGAAGUUGUUUCACACUAAUCGCAGAGUUUACCGGAAUUCGCUGAAAAGUUGCUGGAGGCUCCGGUCGCACAGCUGAUAGUGAAUACAGGGAGACGGGGGGGGGCAUGAAGUCUGUGUGCACUCAAACCUGUCAUCAGAUUUACUAAUAGAUGCUGCAGUUGCAAAAACACACCCUAAUGCAACUUUAUCACUCAUUAAAUAAUACAUUUCAUUGCUGUGAUGUUGCCACAGUAAUCUGAUUAAAGUCAUAUUUUUGUGUUUUUAUGACUUUAAUUUAAAGAGGACGGGACAGUGUAGAGGACAGGAAAUGAAGGGAGACAUGCAGGAAAGGAACCCGGACUGACUGCUCGAGGCAAAACCGCUGUACGUGGGAUUGCACGCAGACUGCAGGCUCUUUAAAUCGAUGUUAGCAUGCUGAUGUGAGGAUGAUGUAACUGUCUGCUGAACCAGGUUGUAAAGGAGUUUAUUCCUCCUGUAAUAUGGGGCCCUAUGGAGAUUUCUUGGCCUCUAGUGGACACUCAAGGAACUGCACUGAUUUGCGACUCUACACUUUAUUUUUCUUGGGUGCAUUUAUUCGAUAAAAGGACUGAUGAGUGAGAAAAUGUGGGGAGCAGAGUCAAGUAGACAUGCAACAAAUGGUCGUGGUCAAGUGUCAAAUCAGUGACUACCACCACAAGGACCACAGCCUCUAUUCCUGGGAUACACACCCCAAUGGCUUCUGUAAAGUCCCUGAUUCUCUUAGAGCGAGCUGACUGCUGAUAUUUUGCCGUGCAGAGAAAGUGAGGCAUGUUAUCCCUCUGUUUUAUGACAAAUUUGAUGCUUUGAGACGGGGGCUUGUGCACAAAUACAGGACAUAACACACACUAGCUUUUUUCCUGUGUUGCCAGUGAUUGCGCUAAAACAUGAUGUCCAUAAAUCAUCUAAUUCACAAUGAAAUCCUGCAAAAGAAAACUCCAAAGGAGCCUCAAAUUACCACCAAACACACCGUUUUUCUCUUGGUUUACAGUCAUGGAGCAUUACAGUGGAGGUAGAUAAAAGCAGAGGCCUGAGGAUAAGGAAAGUAUGACAAUGAAUUUGGCCGACCUGUUAGUUUGUACAAAUCAUUCCUGACAAUACAAGAACUCCACCUGUGAAAUUUCUCAGGAAUAUUCAUGUCAGCCGGACACGUUACCUCAUGGCUCUCCUGUUUCAGCGUCAGGAUCAGACUGUGCCAGGCCAGCUGUGCUCUUUAUCUCUGAACAUUAAAAACCCGCUCUCUCUUUUUCCCCAUGCCUCUUACGCUCCUUUUUUCUUUAUCUGUUGCCCGCAGAAAUGGUUCAGUCUCCGUAACGCACAGUGGCGGCAGGCGGAGGGUCUUCCAGCUGGACGGGGGAAAGUGUACGACUGA